AUGUUUGCAAUGUAUAAAGCAUCAAAUGCUGUUAAAACAAGUAACAAAGUAGCAAGUAAUGUUGCAAAUGAGGCAAAAAAAGCAGAAAUCAGUAACGAGGCGUUAGAAACAGACAGUUCUGUUUAUGUCGUUAAAAGCAUAAAAAGGCGAGCGCGCAAUAUUAUUGAUGCGAAUGAAAGAGAACAACAUGAGAGGGCGAAUAACAAAGACCGUAAUAAUGUUAUAUUGAAAUUCAAAAUGGUUAACCAAAAAAGAGAAACGCGUUAUGAAGAUAACGAGAAUAAUGUGAAAAAUAAGAACGAGCAAAUUAAUGAUGAACGUAAAGACGAUUGUACUCAAACGCACGAACUAGAAGAUGUAAAUAAAGCUGUACAAGAAGAGGUUGUAAACCCACCACAAACAGACAAAAUCUAUAAUUACACAAGCACAGUAGCAGAUGAAUUCAAAAACAAUGAUAAGGACUACGGCUAUCACGUUAACAAUAUUAACGAUAAUAACACCGAUGACAUUUUGGGAUAUUGUUUCGGCGGUUACCCGGACUAUAGAAGCGGUGGCUUCUUAUCCUCAAAUAUAAUUGGCGAUUGCGAAAGUCGACAAGCUCAAGUUGCAAACUGUGCAGAAAACGGGAAUGUUUCUAGUCCGGCAAUUCAUUACCGUGAUAUGUCUGAUGAUCAAAAAAUAUCUCCGGUGAUCGGUUCGUCCUCAUUGACGUUGCCGGAUUAUUCUCAUCUGGAAGACGUGGUUUAUUCGACAAGAUUACCUCAUAUCAUAAUGCAAGCGUUCGCUGCAGUGCACAGCCUCACAAUCGAACAGAUGAAUAUUUGGGCCCUCGCCGCCAAAUACCCCUUUCACAAACAUUUCUUAAAUACUCAGCGCCCAUAUAUAGAUUUAUGGGCUCAAAUAGCAAAACAUUUAAUGAAGGAACUUCUUGUCGGUAGGGGAGGAUCCAAGGCACCACCGACACUCCAAACUGCGGGUCUUGAUGCCAGUAACGCCCUUGCCGCAAGCAUUAUUAAAAAGACGCAAGGGAGCAAGAUAGAAUUGCAGAAACGGUGGAAGCCUGCAGCCAGGAUGAAGAUGUCGAUAAUGUCGUCUUUAGAAAUGCUUUACAGAAAUUCCUCCAACUUGCCCGGGAACUAA